AUUGACCCCAGCUAUUGCGAUUCUCCUGCUGGCAGGUCUGAGAGCAUAUACAUAUACAAUGGAGAGCUCGUGCUCGUGUCAAGCUCUCGGCAGCUUACAGCUCUGGAUUGAUUCCCUAAGACCCUCCACCACCAGUCGGAGGACGCGUUCGGCAGAAUGCAUCCCGACCACGUCGCAGGCAAGACAACAACAGUCACUUGCCGAUCGGGCCUUCGAUCAGCUACAUCCCCUCGAUAAGACAUCAGCUACAGAUCAUGAUGAGGAGGAGGAGACGGUCUUGUAUCUGGGAUAUGGGUCCAACCUGAGCGCUGAGACCUUCAAGGGAAAGAGAGGCAUACAUCCGGUAUCGCAGGUCAACGUUCUCGUACCGAGCCUGUCCUUGACCUUUGAUCUACCGGGAAUACCAUAUUCUGAGCCGUGCUUUGGAAAUGUACGCUACAGAGAGGUGACGCCCCAGCAAGACGGAGGCUGUACGUCUACCAAAGACUACCACAAAGAUCGUUGGUCAAAAGGUCUGGUUGGCGUGGUCUACGAAGUGACCAAGUCCGACUUUGUGCACAUUAUCGCUACAGAAGGAGGGGGCGCAGGAUAUCAAGAUGUCCUUGUUGAUUGCUACGCCCUCACUGGGGGUCCAAUGGAGGAUGUCCCACUGAUGCCCUCGGGACAACCUUUCAAAGCACAUACCCUGUUUGCACCCUCCAAGACCACUCGACCUGACCCUUCCUACGCACAACCGAGCCCGAGAUACCUCAAACUGAUCACAGACGGCGCCGAAGAGCACGGUUUACCCCUCGAGUAUCAAGCCUUCCUCCACCAGAUUCGAACAUUUCACAUCACAACCACAAAGCAGAGAUUGGGCUCGUUCAUCUUUCUGAGUGUGUGGUCUCCCCUGUUCUUGUUUUUCGUGGGUGGGGCCGCUGCGAUAUUUCUGAAACCAGACGGAACCUAUCCAAAGUGGUUCGCCAAGUUCUUGAAUGCUAUGUUUGCGGCAUGUUGGGCGAGCUACGACAACUUCUUCAAGGAGACCUUUGGAGAUGGCGAGAGGACCAUGAGGGACAAGGACGAAGGUCAUGAAGGUGAUGCUGGUCAUGAGUGUUUUGGUUCGGUCAUGGACGAGAAAGAGCCAUUGAUUGAACGGGUCCAACAUAAAUACGGGGCAGUGAGCACGGUGGAACGAAUUGUAUGAGAAUGAGUGUAUGAAAAUUUCAAGGGAAGUGUUUUUGAUAUAGAAUGGAAGACUGCUCGGGAUCGCCUUCUACUUGAUUUGAACCAUGGCUAAUGCGUUGAGUAUGCGGUGAGUUGGACAAGAAAUUCGUGCUCUUUCAUAUUGGGUUGCCGUCUGC